AUGCCGCUCGGAGGUGUUACAGACCCGAAACGGUACCACCACGACUACAGUCAUACGAGCCCUAAAAAUGAUCCAUACCUCUCGGAAUUGCCUACACUUGGUCUCCAGAUUCCCGAUCAGCGCGGCGCAAGACAUAACUAUUCGCACUCAUCAGACUCAACCUCAUAUCGUGUACUACCUCAACUCAUCUUCAGUCGCAACGACGAUGUAUCACCAGUUCCAGAUUUCUCGGAGCCGUCUCUCAGCACUCCCAGUUCUGCACCCCAUUCGUAUUACUCGCCUUCCCUUUCAGACAGCAGCCCGUUAUAUGAGCCGACGACGAUGCUUGAUCUCAGUUCCCCUGGUUUGAUGCAAUUUGAUCAAGGUCCCUUCAAUCCAAGCGCCUAUGAGUCACUGCCUUCAUUGUCAGCGACGCAAAUUCCUCCGUAUAAUAGUGGCAUGCGGCACCCAAGCGCUCUACGGACUCCACCAACUCGGUCCAGAGCAAGGAACACGCCGCGUCAUCAUCAGCACCAAUACCUUGAUAAAAUUCUGCGACACAAGUUUCCAAAGACACAUCUGACUGCGCUUGAUGUAGCCAUUCAAUAUCGCGACGAACAUGAACCAUCGCAUCCGAUACCGAACGAAAUUUUAGAUCAAUUGCUCGAGGGGCCAAUACAGGACAAAUACUAUUGCUUCUGCUGUCCAGGCGCGCGCAAGGCAAGAACGAUAACUCCAGCGCGCGACCAUGUGCGAAAGUCACUCGGAAAUUUUCCUUUCAGGUGUACGAACCCGUGGUGUCAACAUUCGGCUCUUCGUCAGGCCGAUCUCAACAAGCAUAUGAAGACAUGCUCGAGCAACGUUGGACUCCUUGGCUAG